CUUCCAACAACUCUUGAUUGUUGAACACUCGUUUAUACAGCAUUCAUUAUGAAGUUUCUUUCGUCGCUUUUAAUCUUGGGGGGAGUUCAGGCGGUGUUUGGGAAGACCCAACUCUAUGGCAUGAACAUUGCAGGAUUCGAGUUUGGGUGCGCAAUCACUGGAGAUUGUCCACUCACGAAAAUUAUUAUACCGCCGAUUGCGAGUCUGGGCGGUGGAGAUGGAGCCGGCCAAAUGUCACAUUUUGUCAAGGACGAUGAAAUGAACAUUUUCCGUCUGCCUGUCUCGUGGCAAUACCUCACCAACGGUGUUAUCGGACCCCUCGACAAGAAGAACCUUGCGAAUUACGAUCUGCUGAUGCAGGCUUGUCUCAAGACAGGCGCGUACUGUAUGAUCGAUAUCCACAACUUUGCGCGGUGGAAUGGAGACAUCAUCGGGCAGGGAGGACCAACAGACCUUCAAUUCGCAGACCUGUGGACACAACUGGCCACCAAAUAUGCCAACAAUUCAUUUGUCAUGUUCGAACUGAUGAAUGAACCGCACGAUCUCGUCAUCGACACCUGGGCCGCCAGCUGUCAAGCAGCCGUGAACGCAAUCCGCAAAGCCGAACUGGUCUCCCAUACAAUCCUCCUGCCUGGACUGAACUUCUCCAGCGCUGGCACUUUCAUCAGCAGUGGUUGGGGUGCGGCAAUGGCCACGGUCACGAACCCAGAUCUGUCAACGGACAACAUCAUCUUCGAUCUGCACAAAUAUCUCGAUAUCGAUAACUCGGGCAAUCACAUUGAGUGCGUGAUGGACAAUGUCAAGGACACAUUCGUACCCGUUGCCGCGUGGCUCCGAAAGAACAAGCGGCAAGCGAUCGUCAGUGAGACCGGUGCUGGUGCCUCUGAUUCUUGCUUCAUCGACUUUUGUGCCCAAAACACAGCCAUCAACGACAACUCUGACGUUUAUCUUGGGUACAUCGCAUGGACAGCGGGUAGUGUCACAUCCACCUACCUCCUAAAUCUUGCACCCUCGAAGUCGGGCUCCAAAUGGACGGAUCAGAAGAUGGCCGUCGAGUGUGUCAUUGAUGUGUGGGUCAGUGCACUGCCUGCUACCGUGUCAAACACUUGGGGCUUAACCUUUGCCGCGGGGACCCCUGUCACUUCCAGCACAGUAUCAAAGACUUCUACUACUCAGUCCACGGCAGCUGCCACGACGGAUACCGGAUCCGGUUCCGGAGCCACGCAGACCCAGGCAGGAGGUGUUACAAAGACGAUCGUGCCGGCGAGUGGCUCGACUGGCAAGAGUGCAGCAAGCAGCGUGAAGGUGGGAAGUGGAUUAAUGGGGGUUUGCUCGUUAAUAUUCGCCCUUGUUCUCCUGUAAAUUUUAAUGGAAGUCUUGUAUCAUUUCGGUGGGGAUUCUCCUUUGUUGCAUGCAUAGAUUGGCAUACCCUGUUUUAGCGAUCAUUAAUUCAAUGGCGUAAUUUUCAGAUAUUCCUCACCAACCGUCCCAGAACCUGCGUCGAGUGACCCUCAUAGUCGUAUCUCCUGCUCCGACUAUCAUGGUCUCACCGGUGUGUCCAACUUCAGCAUCCAUAGCGACUUCUCUUUCCUUCUCCUUCCCCACCUGCCAGGCUGUCCUCUGUUUCCCCAAUCCCAGAUCUCCGCAACCUCCCCAAGAACCUCUCAUCAUCCAGCUCACUCUUUUCAACUCCCAAAACCCUCUCAUAGGUGGGUGUUAUGUC